AUGGGACAGACUGUAACGACGCCUUUGAGUUUGACUUUAGACCACUGGAAGGACGUACGGACCACCGCUCACAACCUUUCAGUGGAGGUUCGCAAAGGAAAAUGGGAAACCUUUUGUUCGUCCGAAUGGCCCACCUUUGGCGUGGGCUGGCCUCGGGACGGCUCUUUUCAUCUUCCCCUUAUUUUACAGGUCAAAUCUAAGGUGAUGGAUCCAGGACCCCACGGUCACCCCGACCAGGUCCCAUAUAUCAUUACUUGGGAGGAACUGGCCAGAGAUCCUCCUCCCUGGGUCAAGCCCUUUGUCUCCAGCGGCCCUUCCGCACCCCCUUUGCCUCCUCCCCUGACUCCCUCCAGGUCUAGCCUCUAUCCGGGCACGUCCAAAACCACAUCAGCGGGGACACGGCCUCAGAGACCGAGACCACAGGCUCCACCAGUCCUGCCGCCGGACGACCAACCCCUCCUUGACCUCCUUACUGAGGAACCUCCACCUUAUCGAGAACCUGGCCCGGCGGCAGCCCCAGAUGAAGGAGAAGCGGAGGCUGCAGCCCCGCCGGAACCGUCUCCAGUGGCGGGCCGACUGCGGGGACGAAGGGAUCCCCCUCCAGACUCCUCAACCCAAGCCUUUCCUAUUCGGGUGGGGGGCGAUGGUCGACCCCAAUACUGGCCCUUUUCAGCAUCUGAUCUCUAUCAUUGGAAAAAUAACAACCCUUCAUUCUCUAAGGAUCCCUCCAAACUAACAGCUCUCAUUGAGUCUAUUUUAGUGACGCAUCAACCAACUUGGGAUGAUUGUCAACAACUCCUCCAGGUCCUCCUGACCACAGAGGAAAAACAGCGGGUUGUCCUGGAAGCACGCAAAAAUGUGAUGGGGGCGAACGGGCAGCCCACACAGCUGCCUAAUGAGAUAAAUAGUGCUUUCCCACUGGAAAGACCAGACUGGGACUUCGCCACAGAGGAGGGUAAAAACCACCUACGCCUCUAUCGCCAGUUGCUCAUGGCGGGUCUCCAUGGGGCAGCGAGACGCCCUACUAAUUUGGCCCAGGUUAAAUUAGUAACCCAGAGACCAGAUGAAUCUCCCUCGGCCUUUCUAGAGAGACUAAAAGAAGCCUUCCGGGUAUACACUCCUUACGAUCCCACUCAGGCCACUAACCUAGCCAUGUCUUUCAUCUGGCAGUCAGCCCCAGAUAUUAGAAAGAAAUUAGAAAGAUUAGAAGGUUUGCGUGAGAGUUCGCUGCAAGAUCUGCUGAAGGAAGCAGAAAAGAUUUUCAAUAAAAGGGAAACCCCAGAAGAGAGGGACGAACGACUUAGGAGAGAAGCUGAAGAAAGGGAUGAAAAACGUAGGAAAGAGGCCGAGGAAUGAGAGAAUGCCAGGGAUAGAAAGAGAAAUAAGGAGAUUAGCAGAAUAUUGGCCACUGUAGUGACAGGACAGCAACAGGACAGACAGGAUCAAGGGAGACGUAGAAGGCCCCCUUUGGACAAAGACCAAUGUGCUUACUGCAAAGAAAAAGGACAUUGGGCGCGGGACUGUCCAAAAAAUCCAAAGAGUAGACGCCCUAAGGCCCAGACUUCCCUACUAAAUCUAGAAGAUGUAGGGGAGUCAGGGUCAGGCGCCCCCCCUGAACCCAGGAUAACGCUCUCUGUGGGGGGACAACCUGUCACCUUCCUAGUGGACACAGGAGCCCAACAUUCAGUCCUGAACACCCAACCUGGACCCCUCUCCAAUAAAUAUGCCUGGGUCCAAGGGGCAACCGGAGGAAAGCGAUAUAGAUGGACUACUGAACGGCAGGUGCACCUGGCUACCGGUAAGGUGACGCAUUCUUUUCUACAUGUACCUGACUGCCCCUAUCCACUAUUAGGAAGAGAUCUUUUGACUAAAUUAAAGGCACAAAUCCAUUUUGAGGGGCCCCAGACUCGAAUAACCGGCCCCCAGGGAAAACCCCUUCAUGUCCUAGUCCUAAGCCUAGAAGAGGAAUAUCGGCUCCAUGAGACCGACAGCCAGACUAUGGCCUCGGAUGGAUGGCUCCGAAAGUUCCCACUGGCAUGGGCAGAAACAGGAGGAAUGGGGCUGGCACUCCGCCAAACUCCUCUAGUAAUCCAGCUUAAGGCCACUGCCUCCCCUGUCUCUAUUAAACAAUACCCCAUGUCCCAGGAAGCCUACCGAGGCAUUAGACCCCAUAUAAAGAGACUCUUAGACCAGGGGAUCCUAGUGCCCUGCCAGUCACCCUGGAACACACCUCUUCUCCCGGUCAAAAAGCCCGGAACUGGAGAUUACCGGCCAGUACAGGACUUGCGGGAGGUUAACAAACGAGUAGAAGAUAUACAUCCGACUGUCCCCAACCCUUACAACUUAUUGACCGGGUUAUCACCUACCCAUACCUGGUACACGGUAUUGGAUUUGAAGGAUGCCUUUUUCUGUUUGAAGCUUCACCCUGAGAGCCAGCUAAUAUUUGCCUUUGAAUGGAGAGAUGCUGACCUGGGGAUUUCGGGACAACUGACUUGGACUAGGCUUCCCCAAGGGUUUAAGAAUAGCCCUACUUUAUUUGAUGAGGCAUUACACAGAGAUCUAGCCGAUUUCAGGGUACAGCACCCUGAAUUAAUCCUUCUGCAAUAUGUGGAUGAUUUGCUAUUGGCCUCCGAGACUGAGCAUGGCUGCCAGAAGGGAACAGCUGCUUUAUUAGAGACUCUCGGCGAAAGAGGUUACCGGGCCUCGGCCAAAAAGGCUCAGAUCUGUCAGCAGCAGGUGACUUACCUGGGGUACCAAAUUAAAGAUGGACAGAGGUGGCUAACAGAGGCCAGAAAACAGGCCAUUCUUCAAAUCCCUGCACCAAGAAGUCCCAAACAGCUUCGAGAAUUCCUGGGCACCGCGGGUUUCUGCCGCCUUUGGAUCCCAGGUUUCGCUGAAAUGGCUGCCCCAUUAUACCCCUUAACUAAGCAGGGGGUUUUGUUUGCCUGGACCGAAGAGCAACAACAGGCCUUUAACACCAUAAAAAAGGCUCUAUUAUCAGCCCCCGCCCUCGGGUUGCCAGAUCUGACCAAGCCCUUUGAACUGUUUGUGGAUGAAAAGAAAGGCUUUGCCAAAGGGGUGCUAACCCAACGGCUUGGGCCUUGGAAAAGGCCGAUCGCCUACCUGUCAAAGAAAUUGGAUCCAGUUGCUUCAGGCUGGCCCCCUUGCUUACGAAUGGUGGCGGCCAUCGCCACCCUCGUCAAAGACUCAGGUAAGCUCACUAUGGGACAGCCAAUCACAAUCUUGGCACCUCACGCAAUAGAGGCCCUGGUCAAGCAGCCCCCAGACAGGUGGCUCUCGAACGCCCGAAUGACUCAUUACCAGGCGUUGCUACUGGACACAGAUCGAAUUCUGUUCGGUCCCAUUGUGACUUUAAAUCCGGCCUCUCUACUUCCCCUCCCGGGGGAACCAGAAAGACAUGACUGUCUCCAGAUUCUUGCAGAGGCCCACGGAACCAGACCAGAUCUGACCGACCAGCCCAUCCCAGGGGCGGACCACACCUGGUAUACGGAUGGAAGCAGUUUCGUCUUGAAUGGAGAGCAGAAAGCGGGGGCUGCUGUUACCACUACAACGGAUGUCAUCUGGGCUGCCGCUCUCCCACCAGGUACCUCUGCCCAAAGAGCCGAGCUCAUUGCCCUGACAAAGGCGCUCCAGCUGGCAAAAGGUAAGAAGCUAAAUGUCUACACCGACAGCCGAUAUGCCUUUGCCACAGCCCACAUUCACGGAGAGAUAUACCGUCGGAGGGGCCUUCUCACCUCAGAAGGAAAAGAAAUUAAAAACAAGGGCGAGAUACUAGCCCUCCUGCGAGCCUUGUUCCUCCCACGGCAGCUUAGCAUCAUACAUUGCCCUGGACAUCAGGCAGGAGAUAGCCCCGAAGCAAAGGGAAAUAGAAUGGCUGAUCAAGCCGCUCGGUCAGCAGUAUUGGGGCAGCAACCCCAUAGCCCUAGCAUCCAAGCUCUGGCUGAACAUACAGAUCCUGAGUCGCCCAAGGAUGACAGAGAUUGGGUGUAUACUGAAAAAGACCUAGAACUGCUAAAGAAAAUGGGGGCUUUUCCUGCGGGCAAGCGAUGGCUUGUGGGUAAUAAAGUGGCAGUGCCCUGUAGAGAAACAGCUUACUUAGUUGACUCUCUCCAUAAAUUGACUCAUUUAAGUUCCAAAAAGAUGAAAGCUCUUCUAGAAAAAGAAGAGACCGGACUGUACCUGCUAGGUAAGAGACAAGCACUCCAAGAUGUUACAGCCUCCUGCCGGGCCUGUGCCAUGGUCAACCUCAGCAAGUCCACGGCAAACCCCGGAGCACGGCCGAAAGGACACCGACCAGGGACUCACUGGGAAAUAGACUUCACAGAAAUAAAACCUGGCAUGUAUGGAUAUAAAUACCUGUUAGUCUUUGUGGACACCUUUUCAGGAUGGGUAGAGGCCUACCCCACUAAACAUGAAACUGCCAAGGUUGUGACCAAGAAGUUUCUAGAAGAGAUCUUCCCCAGGUACGGUAUGCCCCAGGUCGUGGGAUCGGACAACGGGCCCGCCUUCGUCUCCCAGGUAAGUCAGCAGGUGGCCACAUUGUUGGGGAUCAAUUGGAAGCUUCAUUGUGCCUAUAGACCCCAAAGUUCAGGUCAGGUAGAGCGAAUGAACAGGACCAUCAAGGAGACUUUAACUAAAUUAAUGCUGGCAACUGGCACUAGAGACUGGGUAACCCUCCUCCCACUGGCAUUAUAUCGGGCCCGGAAUACUCCCGGCCCAAAUGGACUCACACCCUUUGAGAUACUAUACGGGGCACCGCCCCCAAUUGUACAUUUCCUUGAUUCUGAUAUUGCUUCUUUUGCCACCAGUCCCUCACAGCAAGCACACCUGCAGGCUUUGCAAAUGGUCCAGAAUGAAGUCUGGAAACCAUUAGCCGCUGCCUACAGAGACCAGCUCGACAAACCUGUGUUGCCUCAUCCCUUCAAAAUUGGAGAUUCUGUGUGGAUCCGCCGCCACCAGACUAAGAGCCUUGAACCUCGGUGGAAAGGCCCAUACAUCGUGCUGCUGACCACUCCAACAGCCAUAAAGGUGGACGGAAUCGCCGCCUGGGUCCACGCAUCCCACGUGAAGGCUGCACACCCCACCGCCUCUGAAGACACCCCCAGACAACAGCCUGAGCCGGCGGCAACAUGGAAAGUUCAUCGUACCCGAAGUCCCCUAAAGAUAAGAUUGUCCCGCUGUUGA